AAUGGUAGAAAUGUGUUUGGUAAUUUAAUUUCAUAUAUUGUUAGGUAGGUGGUGUGAGACAACUUAGAUAUACAACUAUUUAUAAAGUUUAUUUUGAAAAAAAAAAAAAUUAAAUGCUGACUCAUGGAUAUGAACUGUAGUAAAGUCUAGAAUACCGUGUUUUGGAGAAAAUAAUGAUUUUGCAAAAACCCAAACACUUUGUUAUUUUUGUUAAAAACUUAGUUUAUUUAGCAAAUUUGGAAAAAAAAAAUAUUGAAAAAAAAAGUAAAAUAUUUUGAUUUAUUUGAAGGGCAGUUUGGUCUUUGUAGACCGUUGCCACUACUACUACCAAAAAAAAAAAAAAAAAAAAAAAGUCCAUCCUCGUUGAAUUCCCGGUCUUUCUUUUUUCCUUUUCACGCUCCGUAUGAGGAUGCAUCAUGCAUGCAUGCAUAUAGAUUUGUAUGCUAAAAUCCAGAUAAAAUAUGGAUCAUAGAUAUCGCCGUGUUAAUCGCCAUCGUCGCCGGAGACAAUGUUCUUCUCCGUCAUCGGAGACAAAAACAACAACCUUGUUGACGUCGUCCUCCUCCCUCCACCACCUCCUAUUGUUUAUCUUAUGUGUUAACCAUAUUUCUAGCGGAUAUAAUCCUAUAAAUAUGGCAAUGGCUUUUGACCUGAACACCAUAACCUUCGAUCAAGGCUACGCAACUCUCUUCAGCGACUUCAAUAUCGAUCGAUCUGACGACGAUCAGAGCGUCCGUCUCAUCCUCAAUCGUCAAUCUGGUUCUGGUAUUAUAUCGACCGAUUAUUACAAUUAUGGAUUCUUCAGUGCGAAAAUCAAAUUGCCAACGAGGUACACCGCGGGAAUCGUCGUCGCCUUUUAUACAUCUAAUGUAGAUAUGUUCACCAAGACUCAUGAUGAGUUGGAUUUGGAGUUUUUGGGAAACGUAAGAGGGAAGCCAUGGAGGUUUCAGACAAACAUCUACGGUAAUGGUAGCACAACCCGUGGUCGUGAAGAGAGAUACCGGUUGUGGUUUGAUCCAAGCAAAGAGUUUCAUCGCUACAGCAUUCUUUGGGCACGAAACAAGAUCAUAUUUUACGUUGACGAAAUCCCAAUAAGAGAAGUUCUACGAGACGACAAUAUGGGAGGCGACUAUCCAUCAAAGCCGAUGUCAUCAUACGCCACCGUAUGGGACGCCUCUUCAUGGGCCACUAACGGUGGCCGGAAUAAAGUGGACUACCGAUUCGAACCCUUUGCCGCCGAGUUCCGGGAUCUGGUCCUCCAAGGUUGUCCGGUGGACCCCAUGGACGCCACCUCCACCAAUUGCCUUGACGCCCUUGAUGAACUGGAAUCGUCGGAGUUCGCGACCAUUACUCCCCGGCAGCGGCAAGCCAAGAAGUGGUUCCGGGAAAAGUAUAUGUACUACAGUUACUGCUAUGACCGGUUAAGGUACCCUUCUCCAUUUCCGGAGUGCUUGUUAAUUUCUUCCGAACAGGAUUUGUUUAAGAAUAGUGGGAGGCUAAAAAACCGGCAAAAGUUUCAUCGGAGGCGCCGCCCUCGUCGCCGGCCCAAUACAACAGCCGUAUAUUAG